GUUAACUCAUACAAUUUUAUUAAGCUUGUGAUAUAAGUUAUAUAAAAUAUGAGGUUACAAUUUUUCUUUGCUUUCUUGUUAUUAAUCAUUGUGAUUGCACGGGAUAUAUUUGCAUCUGCUACUUCAUGUGAUCAACAGAAUCCAUGCAGGUUACGUGGCGGAAAUGUUCUUUCACAGUGUCAAAGUUACGUUUCCCAUCGACAAUUUUUAAGACUUACUUUAAAUGUUGACGUCAUCACGCACAGAUGGGACUGGUUGAAAUUACGCCAACUUUCGUACAAAAGAAACCGAUGUCCUCCGACAUGGAGAUUGCUUCCAAGUGACACGGCUUCAAUCAAACUGGUAAACAAUAUGACACCAAAUAUCAACAAAGACUCGUUGACUAACGUUAUGAAAGUGCGAACACACGGAUUGCAACUAAGUGAUGAAGAUUUGAUAUUGAAUGCUCAGGACCAUGGCGUUGAACCUGGAGAUGCAUAUACGUAUUCAUUUAAAAUAUUACCAGAUCAUCCAUCUGGGACAUUUUGGUAUGAAACGGAAGUUGAGGCACCGGUAUAUAAUCAGUUUUCAUCUGGUCUCAUCGGAGCCUUGAUUGUAGAAGAUAAUCCAGACAGUACACCAUUUGAACUUACUGACGUAUCAUGUCCGAUAAACUGUCAACAUGACGUCAUCAUGCUGUUUAGCACAAACCUUGUAAUGAAAAAAUAUAGAGGGAAGCCGGGAACUACGCAAUAUUUAGAAACGUCUGGAUGGAACAAAAACGUAAUUGAGUGGUCGUUUCAAAACAUCGACGCAAUUACGGUGAACGGCCAGAUCCAACCAACAUUAACAAUGGCUCGAGGCCAAAUAAAGAGAAUAAGGAUGAUCAAUUCAGAUCGAGAAUUAACGCUCGAGUUGAAAGUGUUCAAUGUUGCAACAGGGGAAACCUGCAAGACCAGAGAAAUCGCGUUUGAUGGAAUUUAUCUUGAUGAACCAAGAUCACUACUAAAUGGAAAAAGUGUCAUGAGUCCAAGUAGCACACUUGAUUGGUUAAUAAGAUGUGAUGUUCCAGGCAAUUAUAGCAUGGUUGGGAAUCUACGAAAUGAUCAAGAUUCGGAAACUGAUGAAAAACCAUAUUUCCUGACUUUACUUGAAGUUGUAGAGUUCGGAAUUGAAAAUUCAAAAUUCCCAACAACAUUGGAUAAACAAAAAAGGCCAAAAAAUAAGGAAUUGAACAACAAGUUGAACGACGAAGAGGUUCUAAAAAAAAGAAGCAAAUUUCAAGAAAUUGUGAUGAAAACGAAGGCGGACAAGGAUGGCGAAACAAAAAAUGACAAAGAAGAGAGUUCCAACAAAUUUGGAUACUUGGGAAUCGUCGUCAUUGUAUCGAUACUGAUAUUGGCUGCUGCCUACAAACUACAAUGACCCGUGCUAUAUAUGUACAGAAUAUACCAACGUUACAACAGAACAUAAUUUCUACAAAUUGAAUAUAUUGUUAAUUUUUGCGUUAGUCAUUGUUUUAUUAAUAAAAUCCGAUAAAUAA